GAACGUCACCAGCUCAAGGCGGAAGUAGCRGCAGCUGCAGGUGCUUCUGAAACAGUUCUCCUGUCACUAACACGCUCAGCUUCUCUCUGACAACAUGCUGAAGGCGGUUAUUUUAAUCGGGGGUCCCCAAAAAGGCACACGAUUCAGACCAUUGUCAUUUGAAGUGCCCAAACCCUUGUUUCCAGUUGCUGGUGUUCCCAUGCUUCAGCAUCACAUUGAAGCGUGUGUGAAGGUACCAAACCUGAAGGAGAUUUUGCUCAUCGGUUUUUAUCAGCCAAAUGAAGAACUGAACAGAUUUCUGUUUAACGCACAGCAGGAGUUCAAAAUCUCCAUCAGGUAUUUACAGGAGUAUGCCGCCCUGAGCACCGGAGGGGGCAUCUAUCACUUCAGAGAUCAGAUUCUCUCUGGGAGUCCUGAAGCUUUCUUUGUAAUGAAUGCUGAUGUUUGUGCAGCGUUUCCUCUCACGGAGAUGCUCAGCUUUCAGAAAGAACACGGAGAACCAAACAGCUUUGUUAUCCUGGGGACAACGGCAAACAGGAAGCAGUCCUUGAAUUACGGCUGUAUUGUGGAAAAUGAGAACACAAAUGAGGUCUUGCAUUACGUGGAAAAGCCGAGCACGUUUGUGAGUGACAUCAUUAACUGUGGUAUAUACCUGUUUAACCCGGAGAUCUUCCAGCACAUCGGCGCCGUCUUUCAGAAGAAUCAGCAAGACAUGUUGCUCUAUCCAUAUGAUGGAGAGGAGCCGACUAACGGCUGGCACCGAGCGGAAGUCAUCAGGCUGGAGCAGGAUAUCUUCACYGCCCUGGCAGGACAGGGCAAACUUUAUGUGUACAAAACCCUGGGCUUCUGGAGCCAGAUUAAAUCUGCGGGGUCUGCAAUUUACGCCAGUCGAUUGUACCUCAAUCAAUACCACACAACUCAUCCUGAAAGACUGGCCUCAAAUAAGGAGGGUGGACCCAAAAUAAGCGGUAACGUCUAUAUUCACCCCACGGCCAAUAUUGACCCGACUGCUAUGUUGGGUCCAAACGUCUCAAUUGGUACUGGUGUGACUAUUGGAGCUGGGGUCAGGGUUCGAGAAUCCAUCAUUCUCCAUGGUGCAAACCUACAGGAUCACUGCUGCGUUUUAAAUAGCAUCGUGGGAUGGGAGAGCACCAUUGGCAAGUGGGCCAGAGUGGAAGGAACUCCCAGUGACCCCAAUCCGAACGAUCCCUUCGCAAAGAUCGACAGCGAGACGCUUUUCAGAGAAGGAAAACUCACACCUUCUAUCACUAUUCUCGGUUGUAACGUCACCAUUCCCUCUGAGGUGAUCAUACUGAACUCUAUUGUGCUCCCACACAAAGACCUGAACCGCGGCUUCAAAAACCAGAUUAUUCUUUAGUUCAUGCCACUUCGGCCUCUUUGACACCAAUGAUGAAGAACUCUGCUGGCUCUGUUUGAAAGUUACUGUACAUAAGAUGUCCAAAAAUGAUAUAAAGCCUUGAUUAAAUAGUUUUGAAAGAUAAAUUUUAUAUAUUUGUCCUCAAGCCUUGAUGCAACACUGGGCUUGAACAACAUUAGAAGGAGGCCGAUCAUGCAUGAUGAUUCACCUUGAGAAGUGCUGUCAUGCCAGAGGUUUUUAUUGGUUUUUUUAUCAACUUAACCCAACUGUAAAAUGACUUGAGACACGAGCGUUUGCAGACAGCUGUGUUCUGCUUCUGAAGGUCAUCUCCACUUGUUACUUAAACAUGAGAAGAGUAAUUAUUGAAAAAAAUAAAAACCAAAACAUGA